AUUGAAGAUGAGUGACACAGGCAUUGCUAAAAGAUGGAAGAAGCUAAGUGGGAGUGAUAACUGGAAAGGGCUACUGAACCCUUUGGAUUCGGAUCUCCGCCGCUACCUCAUUCACUACGGAACCAUGAUUGCACCCGCAUGCGAUGCUUUCAUCAACGAACCAGCUUCCAAAAAUGUGGGAUUACCGCGAUACGCCAGGAAAAACCUCUUUCAAAAUACAGGACUUGUCAAGGGAAAUCCUUUCAAAUAUGAAGUCACCAAAUACUUUUAUACAACAUCUCUAUUAGAACUCGGAGCUAAAGGGUGUACUUUGACGGAAUCAAACUGGAGUGGAUAUGUUGCUGUGGCCACGGAUGAAGGAAAAGCUGUUUUGGGACGAAGAGACAUUGUGGUUGUUUGGAGGGGAACAAUCCGACUCUUAGAGUGGAUUGAUAAUCUCAUAUUCCUUUAUGUUAAUGCGCCAUUAAUCUUUGGCAAAAACUCUGAUCCUCUGGUGCAUAUGGGUUGGUACUAUAUGUACACCAGCACCAUUCCAGGUUCUCAACACAAUGAAACAAGUGCCAGAGAUCAGGUUCGUAAAGAAGUUGCAAGACUUGUUGAAUUAUACAAGGACGAGGAAAUUAGCAUAACCGUGAUAGGACACAGCUUGGGUGCAUCCAUGGCAACACUAAACGCAGUAGACCUGGCUGCCAAUCCAGUCAACAAUAAUAAUAAAGAUGUUCCUAUCACUGCUUUCGUGUAUGCAAGCCCCAAAGUAGGGGAUCACAAUUUUAAAAAAGCCUUCUCUAAUCAACAAAACCUUCGAACCCUGCGAAUCUCCGACCUGAAUGAUUGUGUUCCAAAAGUUCCGCCGUAUGGAUGGAAAGAGGGUGAGACCAUAGAAUCAAAAGUAGAUUACCAAGAUGUGGGGGUGGGUUUGGUGAUUGAAUCUAAGAAAUCCGACUGUUUGAAGCCUGACAUUCUAGACCUGUGCACUCACGACUUGAUGCUUUAUAUGCAUGCACUUGAUGGAUACCAGGAGUCUCAGGGAGGAUUUGAGCGUCAUGGAGACUUUGAUCUUGCCAAAGUUAAUAGGUAUGGGGAUUAUUUGAAAGCCGAGUAUUCUAUACCAAUACGAUGGUUUAACAUAAAAGAUAAAGGAAUGGUUCAGCAGGAGGACGGGAAUUAUAUCCUUGACGAUCAUGAGACGGAUGAUGAUGAUGAUGAUGAUGAUGAUGAUGAUGAUGAUGAUGAUGAAUGAGAUGUUUAAAACAGAAACAGUUUGGUGCAUGCAUGCAAUAUGUGUGUUUGAAUAAAACUAAGUCUUCUCUCUCUAGCUUCAUGAAGACCUUUCUAUAGUUAUUCAGUGUGGUUUGAAUAAAAUUGGAGCUAAAAUGAGGCAACUAGCCGCUUGUGGCUAGCUGUCUAGUCCAAUAAUGCAUGUAUAUAUCCGAGGUUUGCUAGCUUGUAUUUCAAUUAUCAUGUUUCAAUCAUCUCACCUCUUUACUUUG